AACUCGCUCAAGCUAGAAGAGGUCACACGCUCUAGCCGCUUUAAAAGUGAGUCUAGAUCUAUCGUAAAAAUAGUACGUAUCUAACUAUUGCACAGUGUACUAUUCCGACGCGGACUCUUGGAUGCAGACAUGGCUCUCUUGCCGCUACUUGUUUGUAUAAUAGUCGCAGGUGCGACUGGACUUCCUAAUCGUAGAUCGGCUAAUUACACCGUGUGUGAGACUGAUGCAUGCCGUACAAUUGGAGAAUUGAUAAAAAAAAGUAUCAACAAAUCUUUCGAUCCUUGUACGGAUUUCUAUGCAUACGCAUGCGACUCGUGGCUAACAAACAAUCCUAUUCCACCCAAUGAGUUAGAAUGGUCUACAUCGCAUUUAGUAAAUAUGAGGACCUCUCUUCGUCUAAAAGAAAUUCUUGAAGAGGAGAGCGAAUAUGAUAAUUUGGAUCCUAUAAAAAAACUAAAACAAUAUUACAAUUCAUGCAUGGAUGAAGACGCAAUCGAAAAGCAAGGACUCGAAUAUAUACAGUCAAUGGUGGAUGCGACCGGUGGGUGGCCGAUUCAGUUGGGAAAUCAAGAAUCUAACAUUGGAAAUUAUACUUGGCAAGAAAUCGACAUUACAUAUAUGAAAACAUUUGCAACCAACAGUUUUCUCGAAUUUGGUUUCUUACCUGAAGAGGAUGAUGCGACCCAAAAUAUAAUUUUGGUGUCACAAGGUAUAGGUUCUUAUGUGGAAGAUGUAUUUGUGAAGAGAAGCAAACGCCACUUAACCGACUCGGAUAUAACUAAAAUGGUCUUGGUACUAAGAGCUUUUAAAAUGCACAAAGGAAUUGAAACUCCACAUGAGAAAUUUAUAAAAGAUGUAACUGAACUGUUUAUCUUCCAGCAAAAUCUCAAAAACAUUAGUGAACACGAAAACAAAAUCCAGAAAGGAUUGAGGAAAGACCAGGAUAGAAUGACGAUAGCAGAAUUACAAGAAUAUUACGAUCAGGCUGGAGCACAGAAUUCUACCGCCCAGAUAAACUGGUUGCACGUAAUACAAGAGCUCCUCAAAUCUGCUAAUAAAACCAUUGACGCUUCAUAUCCUGUGCUUGUGUAUAAUAAACAUCUUUUUCACAAACUGGCACAUUUACUUGAUGCUACUCCGCCACACGUAAUCGUCAGUUACAUUCAAUGGAACUUAGUAAGUCAAUUUCUGCCGUACUUGACUAAACAAAUGAGGGAUAUUGAGUUUCAAACAUCCUACGGUGAAUAUAUGACUGAGCAAAAGCCACGGUGGAAAUUAUGCAUCGCAGAUAUACCUUUACGAGAUGCUCUGUCUGUUUUAUUUAUCAAGAAAUAUCAUUCGCCAAAUACAAUACCAGCUGUAACAGAAAUGUUAAACGAUUUAAAAGUAGAGAUGAAAGAACGUAUAAUGAAUUCAGAAUGGACAAAUGACAAUACGAAGAACUUUAUGAUAGAAAAAAUAAAUAAUAUAGUAUCACAGAUUGGUUAUCCCGACUGGUACAAUAAUCAAACAGCACUCAUCGAACGUUACGAAGGGUUGGAAAUUGAAACAAAUUAUUUAAAGAAUAAGAUCGCCAGCAUAACGUAUGAAAAUAAGAGAGCACUCGAAAAUUUUUUGAAACCCGUGGAUAGAUAUAAGUGGCUUCUUUCUCCCAUAACUCUCAAUGCAUUUUAUGCUGCACCAAAGAACUUAAUGGUUAUACCUGCUGCUGAGAUCCAAGAUCCGUUUUUUACUCCCGGUAUGCCAAUUGCGGUUAAUUAUGGCGUGGUUGGUAUGGUUGUUGGACACGAACUCGCACAUAGUUUUGACACUACUGGAAUCGAGUACGACAAAUUUGGUAAUAAGAUUCAAAGUGAUGCAGAAACUAGUCAAGCUUUCAAUGAAAGGGUGAAAUGUUUCAUAAAUCAAUAUAAUAAUUUCACACUGAUUGCGGCAGACAAAGAUGGAAAACCUGUUCAAUUAAAUGGACUACUUACAAAGGAUGAAAAUGUCGCUGACAACAUUGGUCUGGAAGUUGCAUUCGCGGCAUUCCAAAAACGCAAGCAAACGGUUGGAUCACAACCAAAAUUACCAGGUUUGACUGAAUUCAGCGAUGAGGAAUUAUUCUUUUUAUCUUUCGCAAACGACUGGUGUAUGAUAACAAGGGAAAAGGUAGAAGCAGUCAUUGCUAAUACAGAUGACCAUAGUCCUAACAAAUUUCGAAUACUCGGUACUGUGGCUAACAUGGAAGCUUUUUCUAACGUUUUCAACUGCCCAGUCAAUAGCUUACUUAAUCGAGAAUCGAAAUGCACUUUGUGGAAGUAGCCUGAAAUAUUAAAAUGCCUUUUAUAUAUAUUAAGACGAAGAAAGCAAAGACAUUAAUUAUUCAGAAGAAUAAUAUAAUAUAACAGAAAAAUUUUUUUAAUAUUACAAAUGCGAUAGCGUAACAAAGAAAAUGUCAACUAUAUAAAACUGUACUUGAAUAAAAUUCAUCUUAACACGAAA